AUGCUGCUCCUCCGGCUGGCCUGGCUCCUGACAGCUGCAGCGCUCUGCUCCCUGCUCCUGCUGCUCCUGCUGCUCCUCCACGGACACCUCCUCACAGGAGGUCAGCUGGUGGCAGGAACCUGUGAGAUUAUAACUGUGGACCGAGACAGUAGCCAGCCCAGGAGGACCAUUGCACGUCAGACAGCCCGCUGUGCCUGCAGGAAGGGCCAGAUCGCCGGGACAACACGAGCAAGACCUGCCUGCAUUGACGUUCGUAUUGUCAGGAAUCGGACGUGGUGCGCGAUGACUCCAUGUUUGGACGAUGAAGGUUGUGAUCUCCUGACCAACCGGUCUGGCUGGACCUGCACGCAGCCAGGAGGCCGAGUCAAGACGACCACGAUAGAGAGCGAGAUUAAUUCAUCCAAGCUCCCGAGUUCAUCCCGAGAGGUCUCCUGA